AUGCCCUCAAAGAAAUCUAUGGCAAAAAACCGUAAAACCACUGUGGAGGUAUUUGAUAUAGAGUUCAGGUACAUGUACGAGAUACCUUCUCAUUCAGUGGUCCACAUGCCACAUGUGCAUCCAAGCAACCCGUACACAAUGAUUUGUACUCAUUAUAAACCUUACGACCCGAACUCAUGUCUUGCGGGUAGCGAUUGCAGGUUUCUACACGCCAAUGUUGAUUACAGCACGCUGAAGGCGCAUCCCAUUCAUGUGAAUUACAUAUGGCGCCAUGAGAGUGAAUGUACAUACGAACGCUGUCAAUCGGGUGAUGUGCUUGAGGUUCUGCUUCCCAAUAAUAAAAAACCAAUUGAGAGGAUUGCUAGCGGACUCGUUCUUGUUACACAAGCAGUUAUUCCACAGCCCUCUGCGGAGGGAAGACCACUUUCUCAUUGCGCACAUUACUAUUUUAAUGGCGUAUGUCAUCGUGGCGCGUCCUGCAACUUUGUUCAUGCUGUUGCCGUCGACCCUGAAGUGGAUCUCAGCUCCAAUCGUAUUCUUUGCCGCUCUCAUCGGCGCCAUCACGCCAGUGGUAAUAAAUCCGGAGAAAAAUUAUCAGCUGGGAGCCCUCUCGACAGUUCUCCCGGUUCAUUUCCCGAUGGGACGCCACUUGGUUUCGCGAUGGUUGUGCACAAAAGAGUUCCUUCCGUCGGCAGUAGCGAUGUGACGAGUCCCACUUCAGGUCGCGAUAACGGGCAUCUCGGACUUUCUGGAAGUGGCCAUCAACAUGAUGAUUGCACUACAUCUGACAUGAACACCAUUUCUGAUGGCAGUGCUCCUCGGCGCCCACGUUUCUACCGACAUAAUCCUUACGGGUUAUAA